AAGCCUGUGUUCACAGUAGGCACAAUUGAUGAAGCAAAAGAUAGGUUGAAUGCAAGUGAGGGAGAAAAGCACAAAGCUGUUCUUGGAGUGGAUUUGGAUGCAGAGGUGACAAGGUUGGAGGAACACUUGAGGGAUGUGAAGAGACAAAGAGAGGAGGCAAGGACUAUGAAGGCUAACACAAAGCCAGUCAAAGUCAGACUGAAGCAAAGCACCAAGUUGAGCAAGAUCAUCAAGCAGGUCUUAGACUGGAUGAUGGACAGUGUUGUCAUGUUGACACACUACAAGUUGUUUGCAAUAGCUCCAGAGCUCAAGUGCCAGUAUGCAGCUAAGCUUAUGAGGACGACUCAGAUGCAUGACAAAAUGCUGAACAAGGCCAGAAGUGGACCUACAAAGGCAGAGGAGGAAGAGACAAGUGAGGAAGCAAGGACUGACAGUAGAGAAGAUCAGCACACAGGUACAAGCAUUGUAUGCAAGGACAACAAAGCACAGUCAAGCCUAGCAGCAGAGCCAAGAACGAGUGGAUUGUGUAGGAAAGUAGUGGAUUAUGUUGGAUUGAAACAAGAGUGGAGCAGAGGAGCAAGUGUGGCAAACAAGGCUGGAAGUGUACCAGCAAGGACAAGGGAGAAUAGUGUGAUGGAUGAGCAGCAGAGGCUGUUGGAGUGUUGGAUAGGCACCCCAGUCAGCAACAACAAGGCCAGAAGUGUACCAGUCAGGCUAGCAACAGUAAAGCUGAACAACAAAUUGGAGACUGAGAGCUUACUGGACCAGGGAGCUGUUAUGAACAUGAUGUGCAAAGACGUUUGGAAAUGCUUGGGAGUACCAAAGGAGCCAGCAAAUGCAGGAUCAAUUACAAUUGAAGGUGUCAUUCCAAGACUCAAGGUGUCAGUAGGUGGAAUAUCAAUAGUAAUACUGGUUCAUGUAGUGAAGGACACAAUGUUCAACAUGAUAAUCAGGAGGCUGUUCUUCGUGUUAACUGAGUGCAAGACAAAGGAUUUCAAGGAUGGUAAUCAGAUUUUGACCUUGACAGACCCAGCAGAUCAGAACCAGAAGUGUCAGGUUGAGACCCAAGCAGCUGUUGGAUGAAACCCACUACUCACUACUACUAUCAUCUAUGUUGGAGUUGGAGAGGAUUGGUCUGGCAAGCCUUUGGCCUUGGUACAGGUUACAUUCUCUUUACUCUAACAUUCCCUUAUACCCCUUUCUUUUAUGGACACUCAUUCUUACUUGAGACUCACACUCUUUGUUUCUUUAUCUUACUUUGAUUGAUACCUUUUAUUCUUACUCACACUCCUUAUACUUACCCUUCAUUAUUGCUUCUUAAAGCAAGUGACUGAGGACAGUCACUAUUUAAAGCUUGGGGAGGUGAAGAGUUCUGAUUUUAGUUACUAUCAGAUCUUCUUGAUUUUAUUUAAUUCUUUAGAUUACAUAAUCACUUUCUUCAUGUAGUUAGUUCUUUCCUAUUUGGAAUGGACAGAGAGAGUUUUGACCAGAGCCCACGACAACACUAGAGGGAACAAGCCCACCAAAACCUUGCCUCUC